AUGGAUACCAAAGAAUCAGUCAACGCCGAUGUUAGUGUAACUGCUAUGUCUCUUCCUCCAUCUUCAGGCUUCUUAAACGAGUUGUUAAUCAUUCGACCUAGAGAAGUCGAGAAAAUUAUCACAGACGAGAACGGUCAUAAUGUAACAAGUCUUGGAUCUUACCCGGAUUCUCCUCCUUCCAACCCAUUUAUCUUUCUCAAAUUCCAACACUUCGAAGCAAACUACAUCUAUGACCUUGUCCAUCCGCAUCUCCACGAUCAUGUCUUGUCCAAACAAAUAUCUGAUCGGAUUGUUGUUAAAGCCCAACAGCUAAGAAGUGAUCGAAGUUCUGAUCACUUGCCCUUAUUCAUGGGAGUCUCCGUCAUAUUUACACGCAAGGUCUACAAAGUCUUGCCUUGCAACUGUGCUCCGUCGACACCAGACUUGGUGGAGAAAGAGGCCGCAGAAGAAGAAACAGAGGCUUGUGCGAUUUGUUUGGAAGAUAUGUUGGAGUCGGGAUUCGAUGAUAAACAAAUCUACCGUAUGCAUAACUGUUGGCAUAUGUUUUAUGAAGGAUGUGUUAUGGAGUCGUUGAAUCGAUAA